AUAACCACUAUUCAAGAAAGAGAAAAAUCAUUUCACUUCAUCAGCUAUGGAACAACCAGCCAAACCACACGUAACUGUCGCUCCAACUCAACACACUCUUCAAACUCAAAUUCCCACAUCCAAGAAGAGACCUUUCGACUCUCUUUCCAAUUCCACUUCCAAUUACUUCAAGAUUCGUGCCCUAAUUCGUGACCUUCGCCCUCAUUUCAUCCAGGUUCUCCAAACUCCUGACUACAAAAACUGCAAGGCGUCACAUGAAAUUCGAGACAAGCUGAAAACCAUACUGAAGGUAUACAAUGAUCUGAAAGCGGAUGUAGCUUCAGUAGGGAAGCAGCAGCAACCUCAACGUUUCAAGUCGUCGGAGCAGACUCAUGUAGCACGGCAAUCCGUGGCUGAAGAAAGUCAGACAUCCAGCACAUACGUUAUUGGAGGAUCAGCUUUUGGCUGGAAUUUCAUCACUUUUCCAGUCGCCAAUUCCGUCUAUUAUGGUAGGACGAAGGAACAAUUUCGAUCAGAUAAAAUGACCGAGUAAUUCUUUGGUGCCAUGGCGCAGUAAAGGACUUACCACCUGUGCAACCUGUCUGUCCAUUGGAACACCUAUUCAUUGAACCGAAAGUAUUGUGUAUCAGCUUCCUUAAACUUACCUUUUUUUUGGAAGUUCUUUUGGCAGUGUCUGUUAUAUUUUUACUAUUAGUUGCACUUCAUCUUGAAAGCAAAUCAUAUGAUUUUUUUUUUUUACAAAUUUACCGAAAGGUUUUUUCUUGUAUCCUAUGCAAGUUAUCUUGCUCUUUUACAAUGAACUCCUAUUAUAUUAUCCCAUACUAAGAUCAUUUUAGCAGUGUUAUUAUUUACUCUAUACUUUCUUUCUAAUUUCCGGGCUCCUA